AUGAAUGAUUGGAAUGUGCAGGUACCAGAAAUACCUAAUGUACAUAAUGAUAAUGCUAUCUCCAAAAAGCCUCUGAAGCAAGCCGCAUGCUUAAGUUGUCGACGCACCAAGACUCGCUGUGUUCGUGAACCUCCUAAUAUAAAUUGCCAAAGAUGUCGUCAGAACAAUACACAAUGUCUGGUACCAGAUUAUCAUGUCGGAAGGCGAAGAGGGAUCAAGAACAAACGGAGUGGAUUAGAUAAAGCUGUUCAUCAGCUUGAAAAGGCCAUGAAAAGCUCCAAGAAUGAUAAUGUACCCCAGGAAGAACAAAGACGUCUACAAUUUCUUCUCUCCGAAGCCGAAAAUCUGGUUUCUGGGAGUACUGACAAAAUUUCCACGCAGCUUAUGGAGCAGCCAAUCCCUCGAAAUGACAUGAACAGUGGGUUACCAGAAGCUACUAAUCUAUCAUUAUCCCGGGCUCAUGAGUCAAUUGGUCAAAUCGAGAUGGGAAAUGUCGCUUUGGAUGAUGCUGAGAAUCCACUGCAGCUCCUGGCGAGGGCAUCAGAUCUUGCAGAUACUGCAACCAAACAAUUGCAUAUGCCUCCCCCGAUGGUAGAAACUGGAGAGCUCCGUCGAUUCUUUGGACCCUUUCAACCACGGCUUGACGUUGGAAGUGAUAUAGACCCUAUCGAUAUUGGUUUGGUGACUCAGGAGGAAGUGACUCUGCUUAUAAAAUAUUUCUAUGCAAAUUUAUCACAUACGAGAUGGGGCCUUGAUCCUUCUGUUCAUACGACAGACUUUGUGCGCUCAAGAUCUGCGUUCCUCAUGACUUCCAUGUUAGCUGCAUCUGCACUUUUCAUUCCUUCAGGAGAGGCGCUAUCGAGGCGUCUUUCCAAGCACAGUAGACAUCUUGCUCACUAUGUGAUAUCAAAGAGGUAUAGAUCACCAGAAAUUGUUCUCGCAUUUAUGAUCAACAUACCAUGGAUGUUACCAGAAGAGCAUUGGGCUGAUGAUGAGACUUGUUCUUACAUGGCAAUGGCGCACUCUAUUGCACUUGAUGUAUCUCUAAACAAGAUCAUUGUGAAGAAUACAAGCAAUAUUCAAACCAGCAUUCCAAAGUCAGACUGCAUUACUGCAAGGAAGGCUCUCGACAUGGACGGUUUUAUUGAAGUUGACCCUAUGACGAGAUGGGGUCAAAAACUGAUUCGCCGGCGUGAAAGAAUAUGGCUUGCUCUAUUUAAUCUUGAUAGAGGCGUGUGCUUGGCACGAGGAAGAGCUUUUACUGUUCAAAUAUCUCCCUUCGUGGCAACUUGUGACACUUGGCAUAAUUCUAAUCUCGCUGAUACCUGGGAUGGAUCGAUUGUAGCUUCAUCUGUUUUGCGGCGAGAUAUUGCUAAAAUCAUCACUUGUAUAAAAGAUACCUGCGACAAGACUGCAUCCACAGUAUUGGAAGGCCAUGACAUUGCACAGACUCUUCGACAAACAAUCGAUGACUUUUUUGAUCACUGGUAUUCAACCUGGACCCCAGAGAUAGGGAGAAACAAAGAUUUUCGCCUACCUCCUUAUGUAGAAAUCCUUGUUUCUCACACCCGUCUUGCUAUAUACAGUAACGUCCUUAAUUACCCCACCCGAUUCCCGGCAGUUUCUUCUUAUUUUCGUUCUGCUGGUCUGUCAUCUGCAUUGAAUGUUAUGAGAGCUGCUGUUCAGGGAGAGCCACUUCUCAAGUCCAUGCCCAACAAUACGGCAAUUAUGGUAUCGUUCUCAGCAUGUUUUGCGCUUCACUUGUCCGCGAUGACUGCGAACAAGGACUCCGGUCUAAGAGAAAGCAUCAAAGUUUUGAUAGAGGAAACUGCAGAUGUUUUGGAGAGGAUAGGAAAUAUCACUCCCCAUAGAAAAGGGAUUUCUGCUCUAUAUGGUAGACACCUGAAAGAAGUCAUUCGGAAUUCUACAGCAUGGCGAAGAUCUGCUCCAUCUGGUCUAUCUGUCGUCGACUGCGAACAAGCAGGACGCGAUACCGCCCAAGAGGCGCAGGAACCAAGACUAGAACCCGGUUUUACCGAGCCGCUUCAAUUUUCUACCAUGUCAGAUCAUCAGAUUGUCGAAUUAUUCGACAAUGAAGAAGUGACUCUAGGGAUAAGUCCAACAAACUUACAGCUAGGUGACACAACCGGAAUGGAAUGGCUGGAUUGGUUCGACUUUUAUGGAACAGUCCAGAAUCAAUAA